AUGGGCAAAAGCAUGGUCACAAAGGAAGAAGAGGUGAAAGAGCAGGAAGAGUAUGUGACGAUGUCGUGGGAGGAAAUUUUCCCCAAGAAACCGAUUGACCGCCUCCGGUGGCUUUACAAGGCUUGCAAGGCAGCCAAAGAAGGCCGAAUAAAGCCGAGCCCGCUCUACAAUGUAGUAGCGCACCGGAGAUUUAUUGAAGGUCUCAAGGGAAGCAUUGCCACGGACUGCUUAAAUCUUAUCCGUGGCCACAUCCAUCUCUUCAGUCCCAAGCAGCAGAAACAGCUGCAGUCAGACAACUUUGAGCUGUUUCGGAAGUAUGCCCCGAUCAGUGUCUUAGAUUCUGAUGAUGAUGAGGAUGCAGCUCCACCACUGCCACCACCUCCAGAAGUUGUAGUGGAGAUGAAGGACAAGAAGAAGAAAAAGGGUGAAGUUCGAAAACGCGAAGAAGAAGAGCUCGAAGGCUUCAGUGAUGACGACACUGAGAUCAAGAAGGCCCGAAUCCUUGCGAAGGGUGUAGAGCGAAGAAUUGACCCAGCUGACGGGCAGGCCUACACGCUAGAAGAGUUCAUCCAAGAGUACGGAGGCAGCGGGGACAAACCGCCGGUGGAGUGGGAUAAUGCAAGGCAUACUUCGUUUGUCUACAAGGAAUGA